AUGCGGCGGUUACUACUAGUUUCGUUUUUUGUGUUGAUGAUGGUUGGAGAAGUGGUUGGAAGGGAGACGAGAGAGGUGGAAAAGAAACAGGACACGGUCGCGUGUGGAGAACUCCGAGAAGAGUACGUACGCGUGUGCACCGGUCAGAACACAAAACGACGGGAACAAAAGGACAAAGACUUUUGUAACGCGUUCGAGAACAUUUGCUUUUCGAUUUCAGAGGGAGAGCCGGAUAAGGAAAAGGAAAAGCCACAGGAUUCAGAAACCCACAAUCAUCGAACCGCAGCGAUAUCUCCGGAGGCAGCUGCUGGGCCCCAGAACCACAAAAAGAAAAAUUUUGCGAGAUUCUGCAAGGAAUUCAAAAAUCGAUAUCUCUACGUGUGCCCGGACCCGUUCCGGUUUGGAGAGAAGGCUAUCGUCUUCUGCCCGGUAUACUCUGAAAAGUGUCAAGUGCCCCUCCCGGAUAAACCAGUGGUCCCACAACGAAAGUCAUCUCGAAAGCGUAAUGGAGGAGGCGCUGUCAACCAGUUGUGCAGGAGUUAUCAGGGAUUCGCAAUGAAUUACUGUAAUAAUCCGUUGCUCACCGCUCAGGGACAGUACCGCGCGGCGUGUGAUAAGUACUGGAGGUAUUGUGGAAAGUUUCAUCAGCAGGGAUAA